AUGUCGACUCAUGAGAUGCAUUCUCCGGAAUGCGUCACGAAGGCGUCCGUCUUGGUUGAGAGUGCUAUUCAUUAUCGGUCUAUUCAACAUCGUUUGGACAAAAAUCGCAUUAAAAUCUAUCGUAUUUACUACUCCAAGCCAGUUAUCAUUUCCUCAUAUAUAUGUAAAGCAAUAUUCUUCUUAUUGCCAUUAUUUGAAUCUCCCUCAUCCUUGACAAAGUCAUCCGAUGUAAGACUUAAUUUACAAAGACCUGUUGUCCCAUGCGGAAUUUUGGAAAGCAUAGAUUUCUUGUGCUUGUGCUUCUUCCUUGUCCGCUCAUUAAUGCUUGCUUACUUAUUUUGGAAAGAGGAAUUCCGUCGAAAUUACUGGCUCAUUGGUCAAUUUGUCGUAAUAUUUAUAUCAAUUAACGACGUGUUGGUUUCAAUGGCUUUAGGUUGUUCCGAGUUUAUUCGAAUUCGAAGAUUCUUUCGUCCUUAUUUUCUUAUCGCUGAUAGCCAAAUGCUCAAAAAGACAAUCAAGUGUUUGCUCAUCACUAUACCAGAACUAUUUACCUAUUUAUUGCUUCUAUUGUUGUGGAUACUUUUCUCCACUUUGAUCGCCAUUUGUAUGUUCUCUGGACGCAAGCAAACGUUUUCCUCGCCCCACAAUCUAUUUGCCAAGUCAGAAGGCGUUGGAAUUAAGUGGUUUUAUGAAACAUUUUUCAACAUCAUUGUCCUUCUCACCACGGCCAAUCAUCCUGACCUUUUGCUGCCGAAUUACAAUGAGAAUCGAGGCGCUGCUUUAUUUGAUGUGGUUUUCAUAGCCGUUGGCACCUACUUCUUCAUGUACAUAUUUACGGCCAUCAUGUUCAACCAAUUUCGUGGCUAUCUCUCCUCGUCCAUCCAAAAGCGCAUGUUCAGACGUCGUCUUGCGGUUUUUGCUGCCUUCCAGCUUCUCAAAUCUCAGGACCCAUUCUUUCUCUUGAUUUUGGACUUGACCACGCCUUCCCUAUUUAUUUGUACCACCCUUCGUAGAGAACCAGUUGUGGAGUCUGACAAAAUACGACAAGUCUUGGAGGAAACAUCCUUGUCUGGCUGGAAGAAAGAGAUCUUUUUAUUGAAAUUGGAAAAGGAAUUUUCAAACAUAUCUCUGAAAUUGGGAGAAUUUAUGGACCUAUUCCGCCUUCUCGAGCUUUCCUCUCAACCAAAAGCUCUUCGGCACACUCGACAGUUCUAUAAUCCCGUGGCUUCUCGAAUUCAGACCUUCUUCUUGUCUGACGAGUUUAGAUGGAUUGAACUUAGUAUCUCUCUUGCUAAUGUCACCUGUAUCAUUGUUCAACUUGUUGCAUUUGAGGAGGAAGAUAAACCCAGCUUCAGAUUUUUGAUUAUCAAUACAGUCUUUGCAUUGAUCUACAUGGCUGAAAUCGUACUUCGAAUAUGGUUCUAUGGAUGUCGAGACGCCUUGAAACGUCUCUCGCUCUUUGACACCGUUCUCUCCUCUUUAAAUUUAACUCUUCGAUUGGUUGAAUUGGCUCUCAUCUUAUGUGGACUGAAAUCCAUACCUUACCUGCAAUGGUCUCCAUACAACAUUGGCCAAGUGGCAAAUGUGUGCGUAAUUCUGCGCACUGUGCGUUUUUUACAGAAUUCUAAACUAAUGAAAGCGAUUCUGCUGAAAAUGCCACAGCACUUGGCUCCUGUGCUGGGGAUUCUUGCCUGCCUCUACUACGUCUAUGCUCUUAUUGGACUCACUGUGUUCCAUGGAGCUAUUGAACCACCAAGCGACAACGCCAAUGCCACCUAUCUCUGUGGAAGCUACCAAGAACUGAGCUAUUGGUCUAUCAACUUCGACGAUUUCGCUGCAAGCCUCUUCACUCUGUGGAGCUUGAUGGUUAUCAACAAUUGGCAUGUCAUUGUGCGCGCUUUCACGGAAAAAAGGGGCAGAGCGGUGCACUUCUAUAUGCUCAGUUGGUGGCUCAUUGCUGUCGUGAUUAUGGCCACACUUAUUACAGCUAUGAUUAUUGAGAGCUUCCUCUUUGCACGCCAACAGUGCCUUGACGAAUCGGGUAAUAAAAAUUACCGCCCGAAUUCUUGUGGUCUCAUUUCAGCGUGUCGACUACGUCGCCGAGAUAACAAUGACAAUCACGACACAGAGCCAUUAGUUGACAAUGAUAUUGGAGAAGAGCUUAAUCAAGUUAAUCAAUCGAAUAUACAUCAGGAAUCCGAAACAGGUGUUCAAAUAAUCACAGGUGAUCAGAAUCAGAACCUCUCAUCACUCUCACCAUCUUCUCACCACUCAUCUGUGACCUUCAGUUUGGCGCAGAUUCUGGGUGGAAGUUUUACUGAACCCACCAACGAGGACCUUGAACGUCAUCUUUCACGUCAUUGCGAGAUAGUGACUCGUAGAGGAUCGGAAUCUCAAGUACUAUUGGUGGAAAUGAAUCGACCAGAUGCAUUCAAUGCUCUGUCUCCUAAUAUGGUGAAAGAAUUGGCAGAAGCGGUGGAAUACUUUGAGGAGGAUUCAUCUAUUCGAUGUCUCGUUCUUACUGGUAGUACUAAAUCCUUCUCGGUGGGAGCUGAUAUACAACGCUUAGAAGAACUACGAAAAGCAGAAGUAAUGCAACAGUGGGGAGCAAUAUCUUCCACCACGAAGCCUACAAUUGCAGCUGUAAACGGAGCAGCAUUGGGUGGCGGUGCUGAACUUGCCCUUGCCUGUGACGUGGUCUAUGCAGGAGAGCGAGCUCGUUUCGGGUUUCCAGAAAUCGACCUUGGAAUCUUGCCUGGGGCAGGUGGAACUCAACGUCUAGUUCGUGCCGCCGGAAAGUCACGAGCAAUGGAAAUGAUCCUUUCUGGAAAGGCUAUAUCAGCAAAAGAGGCAUUGACUUGCGGAUUGGUGAGUAAAGUUCAUCCUGUGGAUGAAGUAGUAAAUGCUUCAGUUGAUUUAGCAGAACGAAUUUCCUCGCAUUCGCUCGUUGCUCUAAGAGCGUCCAAAAAGGCGAUUAAUGCAGCUUUUCAGAUGUCUCUUAAUGAAGGCCUCCACUUAGAACGGGAGUUGUUUCUCAAGGCUUUGUCAUCUAGCGAUGGUCAAGAGGGAAUACAGGCCCACUUGGAAAAGAGGCCACCUAAAUUAGGUGUUUCAACUGCUCUGUCUGGUCACACCUUAUACCUUUUCGGCGGUCGUACCGAAGACGGUACCGCUAUGAAUGAUCUCUCUACAUUUGAUCUUCUCACAAUGGAAUGGAAUCGUCUUAUUCCCUCUGGUAACCGCCCCUUACCCCGUUCGGAUGCAAUAAUGGGGUUUGUUGGAGAGGAACUCUUUCUAUUCGGCGGAAUAAGAUGUAUAAUGGACCAGCCCAUGUCUGUACAGUUCUUUAUGAUUGAGUCUAGUAGCCUCAGUGAUCUAUUCAGCUAUCGCCAGUCGACUAAUAGUUGGAACCAACUGCUCAAGGCAACAGAGACACCACGACUUUCUAAAUACUACAGCGGAGCAUUUUUACAGGCAGUUGACUCAGACCCGGAUACCUUUCCACCUUUAUUGGUUAUAUUCGAAAACACUGGCAUGAUUUAUCGCACCCAUGCAAUCGAACUCAGGGGAAUGUAUCAUUGGAAUCGGCUUUCAGGGUGUCCUCAAAACCCAUCAUACAAUUCUACACAAGCAAUGGGUAUUGACACUCCCUUGAAUAUUCUUCCUGAACGACCUCCAAUGUGCGCCCUUUCAGAAACAGACGUUUUAAUGGUGACACAUUUUGCAAUAAACGAAUUGCCUACCUUCUGGAUUCUUAGCAGAAUUGGACGAACGCCGCAGUCAGGUAAGCAUAACUCUUAA